GACACGUUCUUUUAAUACCUCCUUGUGUCGAGGCACAACAAGGUUUUCCUCUCCGCACCACGAAGAAGCAACAGCUUCGCAGUAUCCUUCACAGAGCUACCGGCGCAGGUAGGGGGCUGCUUCACUCCGUCUCUUGCUUGUCUGUGCACACGUGCAGCACACACCAGCCGAUGAUGCCGACAGAGCACGAUGUUAGGCACCUCUCCGUGUUUUUCGACUGCCGCCGCGGCGAGGGCAACGAUAUGAAGGGAUAUGAGGCCUUUCGUAAGGUCACGUAUGAGCAGUGCAGUCAGCUGCUGUCGAUGGCCUCCUUCCACGGCACGCAGCUGUCACACUUGCGGGUCAGCCUGUACCUCGUCUCUCACGUAGACAUCCGAUCGUAUCAGCAUCCCCUGACCGCGCUCGCUGACGCUGCCUAUCAUCCCUGGCUGAGCGUGGUAGAGCGGAUGAACAGCGAGGCAGUCCAUUCGCCCGAGUUUCCCAGUGGCACGACCCGCUCCGCUUUUGUCAACAAGAUGGAGGUGGUGAAAGCUGCUAUCCAUAACGUGUUACGAGGCGCGCCGCACAGACACCUCGUGCUCUUCUGUUCCACCUUUGUAAGUCUCACUGAGGCGACGCACAGCCUAGCGGACUUGCAGGCCGGUCCUCUUUCGCAGCAGACCUGCUGCGUCCUGCCCGACUGGGCGGCGGUGCGCGUGACGGCGGCCCGCCUCCACGAUCGUCUUCGUCUGUACCGCUGUCCGUUCAACCCUACACAGCUGCGGUGUGCACUGCAGGAUGUAUUGCGUCCUUAUCUGCUACCGGGCCUGCCUUCCGCCCGCCGUAUUACGCUGCAGCUGGGGAGCAGAGAGGUAUCGUGCAGAGCGACGGUGCUGCACUACGCCGACAGCAUCCGCCGGUGCUGCGCCUUGAGUGACUUCGCUCCCUCACACGUGACGCCUUCUGGUGGGUACUUUGCUGGGCCGCUGGUGCAGUGUUGUCCGACGGAGUGCGUGCGGCACGAGGCCGUUGCACAGGGAGCGCAGGCCCAGCCUUGCAUCCUGCAGCUGCGUGCAGUGUUAGAGGCGGAUACGGUGGAUGAGGCGAUGUUGUUUGGGGACACGUGGGAGCUGACAUGGGACGACGACUCUCGUGGCGCCGCAGCAGACUCCAUGACGGCUAGUGCGCUGGACGCCUACACCGCCUUCCACGCCUUCCGUGCCGCCUUCAGAGACGAUAUUCUCGUCUUUACAGGGGAUGCGCGCGGGAUCGUCUCGUCCUGCCACCUUGCCAUGCGUCUUCACCACUUUGUCGCGUACGACUGCGCCGACAGAACGAUGCGGCUGCGCGAGGUCGUACCGACGGAGCUGCGCUUCGUGCCGCUGAUGCCGCCGCCGCCGAGCGGUGGUGCUAACGGCAGUGGUGGUGGCCGCACACAACGGGAUGCUGCGCUCCAGAGACAAUUUGGAAGCCUCCGCCAGCAGCUGGCAGCGCAGUGCCGCUCUCCUGAGUUCUCGCUGGACGAGCUCUUACGUGCGGAUGUGUGUGCGGUGGCGAGGGAGGUGCGUCCCGACACGGUGCGUGAACUGCGGCUCAGCUGCAGCAACCUUUUGCACUGA